UUUGCCCAUGUAGACGGGCCCAUGGGGCUGCUAAGCCGGUCCAGCCCAAAAGAUGCACAGGCAGUUUCUCCAAAGAAGGUUGAUCUCGAAUCCGGUGAUUUUGCGUGUGCUAUGACUGGUGAUGCAGGCCGAGGCGUGACUGAGGAAGCUGUCGAACUCCAAGAGCCUGAACAAAAUGUAGGUGGUGAAGGAGAUGCUGCCAAAGGAACUGUUGUGAGCAAAAGGAAGGCCGUGCUCAGGAUGCCUACGCUGUUUGGAAAGGCAGAGGAUGGCCCAGAAGAAAUGAAGGAGCCCAUGGAAAGAAUGCGAUGGUGGGAGCUUACGUUUUCGAUUAGAGGCUUUGAGAAUGUUACAGUGGACACGCUGAAAUUGUUCUGGACGGUCUCCCUGGGAAGUGACAACCCGAAAAAGCACCGAAAUCGAGUCCGGUUGCAGACAAAGUUCACUCCGAUCUUCACGCUGGAGAAAGGCAAAGUCUUUACUGCAGACAACCCAAUCGUGUUAUACGAGCGCAAGACCUUUGCCUUAUGCUACAAGGAGCUUGAGAAGCAUGUCGUCAAAGUUGACAUGUGGCGCGUCUCUUGUUGGACCUUCAAUGAGUACUAUGGCGUCAAGAAGCAAAAGCUCUCUCAAAUUGCGAACCGCGAUCCAAACAUGGAACUCCGGAUCCUGCGGAAGCUCUCAAGAAAGCAGUUGGCCGACAAGAAGAAAGCCAAGUCUGUCGCGGAUGUAGCGCUCUAUCGUUGCACGGUGAAUCUUGAGGAAAUCUUUGACUUUGAUUUGUUUUGUGAGAAUUGGACACUGGAGCUUGGCCGGGCUAGCCCGGAGUUCAAACAAAUGAAGGAAGAACGGAAGCGGCUGACGUUCACCGUGCCCCGGGACCGCCGAACUCUGCCGGGUCAUCGGCGCUAUCUUGGGAGGGGAGCGGCUUCGCAGACAGUUGAAUGGAAUCAGCAAGACGGACGAUUCUUCUGGCCAAACUGUGGAAAGUUUGUUUUCCGUGGAACGCGGACUCAUUUGCAGAAUUCAUACUUCAUUGUCUCCGUCCUGACGGGCAAACCGCCAGCCUUUCUAGCCAACAACGCGACUAUCGCCAAGAUGGAGAAACAUGCCCCGGCGCCACACAGAGUGCUGGGCCGCUGCUUGCUGAACCUGACAUCUGUGUUGGACAUGUCGGUCUUUCAGGGCAAAGUCAAGCGGUUCACUCCAGAUUAUGAAAGAUACAUUGUUGGCGACAUCAACGGCAAUGUGAAAUGCAUCCUGCGCUCGAAGGGCAUGAAGGAGCCCGAGCUGGACUUUCGCACCAAUCGUCCAGAGCAGCUCAAGACUGCAACUACAGUCUCCCACUUGAACCCGUACGAACGCCAUUUGGUGGUCCGUGUCAAGAAAUGCGAAGCCCUACCGGUUGCAGACUUUGAUACUGGAAGCUCUGACCCAUACCUGAGAUGCACUUGGGACAACAUGGUCAUGCUGUCGCCUGUAGUGAAGCAAUCCUUGCGCCCGGUCUUCAACCAGAGCUUCUAUUUUCCGGUGAGGGUGGUCUUCCCCGAGCUCCGCAUGGGUUCAAAGGCUGAAAAGAAGUAUCAAGACAGCAUUUUAAAGUACGAGCUGACCAGCAAAGGCCAUAUUCAGAUACAGGUGUGGGACGAUGAUGUGACAUCCGCUGACUGCCUGGGUGGGUGCCAAGUCACACUGGGAGAUAUUCUCAAUGUACGAGCAACGCAGAAACGAACCCUGUUGGGUCCCUUGGCGGCUGAGAAGAAAGAUGAUGAGGAUGAGAAUGAGUUCGAGGCAAAGCAAGAAAAACACAAUCAGUGGUAUGAAGAGCCCAGAUCGGUGCGUGUCUAUGAUGGCAGCAAGACCGCGCUUGGCCAAUCAGCUUUGGCGAACAAGGAUGCUGCGCUGAUUCACUUUGAAGCUUAUUUCUACCCGGACUGGGCUGAAACUCUGAGAUUUGAGGAUGAAGUGCAGGAGGUCGACGCUGAAUCGGUUUGGGCCAAGAAGGAAGAGGAGUGGAAUUCUCGGAACAUGCAGAAGGCUGAAGACUAUGCGCUGCCAUUUCCGGAUUCCAUAGGCGCCAAGAAGCCAAAAGAGGAGAACAUGAUGCAGACGGCAGAUUCUUUGAGACGAUUUCCUUGCAUUGGCUUGCAUCCUUUGACAAGGAUAGAGACUCCUUUGAUGGCAUUCGUGUCCCCCAUUAUCAUUCCAGAGGAGUGGAGUUUUCCGGCAAAGCUGUUGGAAUGGGUACAUUGCUUGUCUUUUGAGAUUACUCAGCGUCAAGCUCGCAUUGGUCUAAUUCCAAGUGACGGCUGGAAAGACCCUGAGUAUGUUCUUGCCAGACGAAAGGGAGCUCCUCAAGAUCAUUCAGUCUUGCUGUGCUCCCUCCUGCUGGGUUGCAAAGAAGACGCGUAUGUGGUGAAAGGCACCGUAUACUCAAAAGAUCCGCUGGCAACUAUGGAGAAGUCAGAUCAACUGAUUGAGCAUACAUGGGUUAUGACACGCAAAAAUGGAUGGGUCACCUUUUGGGAGCCUUGCAGCAGACAGAUUUUUCACCUUCCUAAUCGAUACAAUCCAAGAAAGGUCAAGAAGAAGAAGCUGGAACAACUCGCUGUGAAGGAAGAAAAAGAGGAAGAAGAACACGAUGACGAUGCCGACAUAGAACGCCAGCAGUGGGAAGGAGAGGCUGAAGAUUGCAGAGUGCAUUUGGAAGAGAUGGAAAGCUUGCCAACUGUAGGGCGUAUGCCAAAGCCAAAGACAAGAUCGGACAAGGCAAAGAAAAAAGACGAAGAGCCGGGCCGUGAACGCCUGAAGCGUGAGCUCAUCGAGCAGCGUGAGGGUCUGCCAAUUGCCCCAAAGAGGAAGAUGCUGCAGGAAGAGCAGCUAGUGACGUGGCUGCCGUACGAUUCCAUCGAGGUGGUUUUCAAUGACAAGAAUGUGUGGGCUAACCGGCAAAACCACCACCCAGCGUGCAUUGCCUACGACUUGGAUGAUGAUGAGAGUGCAAAUGAGCCAGCCUGGGAAAGGUUCCUCCAUGCUCAAGAUGAAGAGAGGACACUUCAUUUCCAAGCAAUUUGCCCAAAUGUAUCAGUCCAACCUGAGCUGAAGCCUUCAAUCAUCGACGAGCUUCAAGACGACUUGCGUACGGAGAUGAUGCAGAACUUGCAGCUAUACCGGGGUAAAAAGGGAAUGGACACCAUGUUUGACCACAAUGAGGAGCUGAUGCAGCAGCUCCGAAUAUUCCUCGAUAUUCACGAGCUUUGGCGCCAGAUUGAUCCAGAUGGGCCCACGGCACAAAGGGUGCUCGAGGAGUACAAAGCGCUUCCGAAGGACAUGCCGCGAGAUCAGAUGACCGGGCAGCAAAAGUUUCAUCGAUUUGUUGGCUGUCGCCUUAGUCACCAAAGCGAGCUCAUCAAAAGGUCAAUUUUUUGUCAAGAGUUUUUACAUGAAAAAGAUGGGGAAAGAUGGCAGACAUCCUGUAGAAUUGCAGAAACUUCUGUCUACCGCACCGAGCACUUAAAGGCGCACCAGAAGAUGUUCGCUAAGUGUUUGUGUGGUUUCAUAGUCUUUGUGUGCUAAUCCAAUACACAGAUGGAAGGACAGCUAUUUGGUUUGCAGUUUGCAGCGGCUGUGUUCUUGAGAAAGCUGACUGGUUAGAUGGCGGUCUUCAUUUUCUUUUUCUGCACUCAUGCAACUCAGUCUUGGCGGGCGCCAACUCGGGGGCUUUCGCAUUGCUUGGAGAGGUUGCGCCACAGGAGUUAGAUUGCUUUGAGCGCCAGCAGAUGGCGAAGGCAGUUGAUGCCAACCAGCUUUCCAGGUCUACCGCUGUGCAACGAAACCUUGACACCCCUGUGCUUCAUACAGCAGCAGAGAAUAAAGAAUGUUUUGUGCCGCGCGAGGUCGUGUUUGAAGUUGAUUUGUGCCGAGAAAUCUGUUUUCCAAGGGCGCAACAGGGUGGAUUUGGAGGCCGCAGGUAGCAGUCUGUGCUUUGAAGAUUAGGGUUUGACAGUGCCCUCAUACUCGGCAACUGCUUACCAGCACUUGCAGCUUUUGUGGUGGAAGAGUGAUGGAUCUGUCUGCGUCACUUGAUGGGGCGUUUGAAAACGCGAAGUAGCUGCUCAAGCAGCUGGCAGAGCAGCGAGCCGACAAUGAAGCGCCCAGCCAGAAAGCGAGGGGUUGGUUAGUGCUUCUUGUUCCAAGAGGGUCGGUCUUUGCACUUGCUCCGGGUGUAGCCCAAAACAGCGCUUGACUAGCCCAGGAGUCGUGGCCAAAUGAUCUCGCUUCAGAUUGUCCGCAAGAGUGUUUAGACAGACAAGCGGCAGACGGUAGUGUGGCGCAGCAGCCCUCAGCAGGCCUUGGACGUGCCUUUGUCUGAUGACUGAUGCAGGGGAGGCCUGUGUUCGACAGCCGGUUGGUUGUGGCCACGUGUAAGCGCGGAUUUCUUCCAGCCACUGCGGAAAGUUGUAUGCAGUAUGUGGCUUUCUUGCGCAUUCGCCGGGCGGUUCUUCCAUUCUCCAGCUGACAGAAUCUCGCUUGACUAGUGAACGUAUAAUUUGAUAUAAUUUGUAUUAAGAAAACCACUUAGGCUAUCUCUGGUGUUUUUUCCACAUAGUUAAAAACAACAAGAAACUAAAAAAACAAAAGCAACAAAUCCUAAAAGCAAAAGAACACAAAUGAAAACGCAAAAAACA